UGAUGAUCAUGAUGCGACUCUGACUCUGAGGACAACGACGCAGCUCAGGGGGGAACGAUGGGGAGCCUCGGCGGGCUUCUCCCCCCCAUGUUCGCAUCACGUGUUGCCUGUCGGGCAACCCUGCGGCCCCCUCUGGCGGCAAUCCAGCUGCGGCCGUCCUUGGUUUGCUCCAGCUUCGUUGGGACGCGAGUGGUGCAGCCUGCCCCGCCGCGCCAGGUUGGUCGGCGCACCGCUGGGCUGAGCGUGCGUGCGCUGUACUACAAGCUGGGGCGGCCAAAGAAGCGGAAGAAGGAGUUCUGGGAGAAAAAGGACGAGCGCUACAAGACGGUGAAUGAGACGCUGGUGUAUUGGCCGUACCUGGACCAGGCGCAUGGCAGGAAGCAGGGCGGGGAGCACGGCACCGGCAGCCGGGACAAGGGUGACCGUGGCCCGCACCCGCAUGACCAGGACGGAAGCGCUCCUGUGGGCAGAGCAGCUCCAGCCAGCCUGCCUGCUGGUACCACCGUGUGGCGCCUGACGCAGACGGGGCGCAGCCUGUGGGAGAAGCUGAGGGUGUUGCCUCCGGGGGCUGUGCAGAAUUUUCUUCGGGCCAAAGCGCAGGAGACUGUGGUGACAGACAGGGACAUGGCAUGUGUCGUCAGAAGCUUGAAGUAUGACAACGACUGGGACAGACGGGCCAAGGUGCUAGAGUGGUGGCAGGCGGAGGGCGCCUGGCCCUUUGGCCCCCCCCAGUGGAGUGCGCUGGUGGAGAGCGAGUGCCGCGGCGGGCGCGUUGCGGCGGGGCUGGCAGCCUACCAGCGCAUGCGCGCAGCGGGGCAGCAGCCAUGCGAGGCCACCUUUGUGGCGCUCAUCACUGCGCUGGGGCACCACGGCAGGGCGCACCAAGCGGAGGCGCUGUUCCAGGCCAUGAAGCAGGAGGGCUUCCCCCAGGGCGUGCGCACCUACACUGCUCUGUUGGCAGCGUACGCUCGGGCCGGCAACGCGGCUGCAGCGGAGCAGGUCUUCCACGACCUGCAGCGCGAAGCGGGCGUGCCCCCCAACGUGGUGGCCUGCAAUGCGCUGAUGCAUGCGUACUCACGCGCGCACCGCCCCGCGGAUGCGGCCCGCGUGAUGCGCGGCAUGCUGGCCAACAAGGUGCGCCCCAACAUGACCACCUACAACACGCUGCUCGACGCCUACGCCAGGGUGGGCAGCGUGGCUGGUGCGGAGGCGGUGCUGGCGGCGCUGCAGGCGGCAGGCUACGGCCCCAGCGCAGUCACGUACACCACGCUGCUGGCGCUGUACGGCCGCACAGGCCAGCUGGCGCGCGCAGAAGCGGUGUUUGCCGUGAUGCGCGAUACUGGCUGCCGGCCUGGCCUGCCCGCCAUCACAGCCCUGCUGGCAGCCUACGGCAGGGCGGGCUGCCCCGACAAGGCGGAGCACUACUUCCGUCAGAUCCAGGCCGAGCUGGGGGUCACUCCGGACCUGCGCGCGUACAACGCCCUCCUUGAUGCAUACGGCAAGGCGGGCGAUGUUCGCAAGGUGGAGCGGGUGCUGACUGGCAUGCCCGCUACCGGGGUGUCUCCCUCUGCCGCCAGCUGGACGAUCCUGCUGGACACGUAUGGCAAGGCGGGCCGCCUUACUGAGGCUGCGGCCGUCCUGGAGCGCAUGGCCGCCGCGGGCAUCACCCCCGGCGUGGUGGAGUACACGGCACUGCUGGACGGGUACGUGAAGGCGGGCGACUUCACGGCGGCUGGCGCGCUGCUGGCGCAGAUGCGGGCGGAGGGGCUGCCCCUCACGCAGGAGACGGCGACCGUGCUGCUCGACAUGCACGCACGCACCGGGAACUUCCAGGCGGGCCUGCGCCUUCUGGCCAGCCUGGCUAAAUCGUCCGUGCCCCCUUCUGCCGCCUGCUUCAACGCUCUCCUCAACGGGUACGCUGAGACGGGCCAGGCCGAUGCUGCGGAGCAGCUGGUGGUGCAAAUGACAGCCGCGGGAUGCCUGCCCGACGUGCGCACGUUCAACGCGCUCAUCCGGGCACACAUCAGGGCGGACAGGCUGGCGGACGCGGAGGUGGUGCUGGCCGUCCGCAUGCGCGCCGCAGGCGUCGCCCCCGACCACCGCAGCUACAACCCGCUCAUCCUGGCGUUUGCGCGCGCGGGCCAGCCCGAUCACGUCGCGCGGCUGCUGCGUGCCAUGCGUGCCCGGGACGGCCUCCCGCCCUGCGAGGUGACGCGGUCGGCAGUGUGGGCGGGCGGCCACACCACGCUGACCCCGGCGGUGCUCAAGGAGCUGGGUUUCACUGCGCAACAGGUCGCGGCCAUGCAGCGCAGUGACACCCCUGCGUGAGGCAGGCCCGCCCGGGGCAUGCUCCCGUCGUCAUCUUAUGCGGACAGCAUCCGCAGACCCGGAUCGGCCGUUCACACACCGAAGCGGGGUUUCUGCGAAGGGCAGGCCCAUGUUGCCCGACGGCCCCUGUACCAUCGCAGCAGAGCAGCGCGCGGUGUUCCAGGGCGCACCAUGGCUGGCCGCUGCCCGGACCUGGCAGCAUCACCGCUGCUGGGCCAUCUGCCUUACCGAACCCCUCCUCCUCUCACCUGAGGCUGGCCAUCGCCGGGGUCGCUGGCAUGUGGCACGAACGGCAAGGCGAGGUUGGAGUGGUUCCUACAACGGUGUUGGGGAGGCUUAGUCCGGUCCGCUCCCGAACCGUGGGACCACGCCCCGCCCGUGCCCCGGCCGGAACUGGUCCACCCCGCUUUGGUCUGCACGGGCAGAUAUUUGGCAAGAGUUUUCGCCAGGUCACUCAAAUCCAAUGCCAUGACGAGGGGCGGGAAAGGCAUCAGGGUUCACGAGAAGUGGCCAAGCCUCCCACUCAGCGAUUGGAGGCG